AUGAAGAGAGAAAGGGAAGCCCUGUCCAGAGCCUUCAGUGCCCUGCGCCUCACUCCUUUUCUCUACCUGCUUCUGAUCCAGACAGAGCCCCUGGAGGGGGUGAACAUCACCAGCCCGGUGCGCCUGAUCCAUGGCACAGUGGGGAAGGCGGCCCUGCUUUCCGUGCAGUACAGCAGCACCAGCAGUGACAAACCCGUUGUCAAGUGGCAGCUGAAGCGGGACAAGCCAGUGACCGUGGUUCAGUCCAUCGGCACAGAGGUCAUUGGUACCCUGCGGCCCGACUAUCGAGACCGCAUCCGCCUCUUUGAAAACGGUUCCCUGCUUCUCAGCGACCUGCAACUGGCCGACGAGGGCACCUAUGAGGUUGAGAUCUCUAUCACCGAUGACACCUUCACUGGGGAGAAGACCAUCAACCUCACUGUAGAUGUGCCCAUUUCGAGGCCCCAGGUGUUAGUGGCUUCGACCACGGUGCUGGAGCUCAGCGAGGCCUUUACCCUGAACUGCUCGCACGAGAAUGGCACCAAGCCCAGCUACACAUGGCUGAAGGACGGCAAGCCCCUCCUCAACGACUCGCGGAUGCUCCUGUCCCCCGACCAAAAGGUGCUCACCAUCACCCGCGUGCUCAUGGAGGACGACGACCUGUACAGCUGUGUGGUGGAGAACCCCAUCAGCCAGGGCCGCAGCCUGCCCGUCAAGAUCACCGUGUACAGAAGAAGCUCCCUCUACAUAAUCUUGUCCACAGGAGGCAUCUUCCUCCUUGUGACCUUGGUGACAGUCUGUGCCUGCUGGAAACCCUCCAAAAAGAAGAAGAGGAAGCUGGAGAAGCAAAACUCCCUGGAAUAUAUGGAUCAGAAUGAUGACCGCCUGAAAGCAGAAGCAGACACCCUCCCGCGAAGUGGAGAGCAGGAGCGGAAGAACCCCAUGGCACUCUACAUCCUGAAGGACAAGGACUCCCCGGAGCCCGAGGAGAACCCCGCCCCGGAGCCUCGGAGCGCGACGGAGCCCGGCCCGCCCGGCUACUCCGUGUCGCCGGCCGUGCCGGGCCGCUCGCCGGGGCUGCCCAGCCGCUCUGCCCGCCGCUACCCGCGCUCUCCAGCGCGCUCCCCCGCCACGGGCCGGACGCACACGUCGCCGCCCCGGGCCCCGAGCUCGCCCGGCCGCUCGCGCAGCGCCUCGCGCACACUGCGGACUGCGGGCGGCGUGCACCUGAUCCGCGAGCAAGACGAGGCCGGCCCGGUGGAGAUCAGCGCCUGA